AUGAAGCAACACAUCACAGCGAUUCUGUCUGAGCUGGAGCCCGGGGCCUUGGGGCAGAACCUGGUGGUGGAGCAAAUAACGACCGGAACAAAGCUGCUGAUAAAGAAGGUCUCCUCUCUGUUCCUCUGCCUGGUGAUGGAGAACCACAGGGACACCUUGCAGACAGUCAUUAGGAAGCAGAGGGAGAUGAAGACAGCCUUCGACCCCCUGUGGCUGCAGAACGUGCUAGGCCAGGUGCUGGACGCACUGGACUACCUGCACCAGAUGAACAUCAUUCACAGGAACCUCAAGCCCUCCAACAUUGCCCUGGUCAGCAGCAACCACUGCAAGGUGCAGGACCUGAGCUCCAACGCGCUGAUGACCGACAAGGCCAAGUGGAACAUCCGGGUGGAGGAAGACCCCUUCCAGAAGUCCUGGAUGGCCCCAGAGGCUCUCAAUUUCUGCUUCAGCCAGAAGUCUGACAUCUGGUCCCUGGGCUGCAUCCUUCUCGACAUGGCCAGCUGCUCUUUCGUGGAGAACAAGGAAGCCCUGCUCCUGCGGAAGUCCCUCCACAAGACUCCCAGUGGCCUGCAGGACGUGCUGAGGGCCAUGGAGGGCAGAGGCCUUCCUGACGCCAAGGCACUGGCUGUCCUCCUGCCCAUGAUGCUCCAGGUCAACCCCGAGGAGAGGAUCACCUUGAAGGCUGUCACCCAGUACACCUUCGUGUCCAUGGGCUUCCAGUCGUCGAGUGGGGCGCUGAUGCUGCACAGGCACACGGUGCCCUCGUUCAUCACUGACAUGCUGCUGGCCGGCGGGGUCCCAAGUGUCGUAGAGGUCAUGAACAGCUUCCCCAACCGGCCGGAAGUGCAGCUCAAGGCCAUGAAGAAGCUCCUGAUCAUGAAUGACGACGACCUAGGUCUGCCGUGGCCGCUGGAGCUGGUGGAGCUGGUGUUCAAGGUCAUGAAACAACAUGACCGGAUCCUAGACCUGCAGCUGGACUGCUGUUCCCUGCUGCUGCGCGUCCUCGGGCAAGCACUGGUGAAGGACCCAGAGGCAAAGGCACCCUGCAGCAACACCAUGAUCACCUCCCUGCUGGGCAUCCUGAGGUCCCACCCAGACUCGGAAGAGCUCAUCAUCAUGGUCUACAGCCUGCUGACCAUCAUGUCCAGCCAGGAGUCGAAGCCAGGGCAGCUGAAGAAGGCCGGGCUGUUUGAGCACAUCUUGGAACAGCUGGAUAAAUCCAGGGAGCACAGGGACAUCUGCGUCACCGGCCUGGGCCUCCUCUGGUCCCUGCUGGUGGACACUGUCCUCACGGACAGAGACCCCUUGGAGAAGGCCACAACACGGGUGGCCCAGGUGCUGGCCACUCACCCCUCGGACAGUGAGAUGGCGGAAGCUGGCUGUGGCGUCUUCUGGCUGCUGUCCCUGUUGGGCUGCAUCAAGGAGGAGCAGCUGGAGCAGGUGACAGUCCUGCUGCUGCAAAGUGUGCGGCUGUGCCAGGACCGUGUCCGGCUGGUGACCAAUGCCUACCGCGGGCUGGCCAGCCUUGCCAAGGUGUCAGGGCUGGUGGCUUUCAGGGUGGCGAUGCCUGACGAGGCCGGCAGUGGCCUGGAGCUCCUGCAGAGCACUUACCAGCUGCACCAGGACGACCCGGAGGUCGUGGAGGUCCUGUGCAUGCUGCUGGCCCAGCUCACCAGCUACAAGGAGAUCCUGCCGGAGCUGGAGUCAUCCGGCUUGGUGCUCCUGCUCCGCAAGAUGAGGGACCGCUUCACCUCCAGCUUGGAGCUGGUUUCUUAUGCAGAAGAGGCACUCUGCAGGCUGGAGGCUGUGCCCAGAUAGCUCCCCAAGAGGGGCCUGCUGUGCACCCCCCACCCCAAAACACGGCUUU